UUGCGACAUCGAGCAUUGCUAAAUAAGGAAUGCAGGGAGGUGGUCAACUAGAAGCUACUAUAAAUACUUAAAUUAUCAGGAUAUGACAGUAUCAGUCAAUAAACAGUAACAUCUCUCGUUACAUCUAGUAUCCAAAAAUAAAAAUGAAAUCCAUCGUUUUGGUAGCCCUUUUUGCCGCAGUCGUGGUAGCUGCCCCUCAAGCACCCACUGAGCCAAUCCCAAUCCUCCGCCAAGACAGUGAAGUAAAUGGAGACGGAUCAUACCAGUACUCCUUUGAAACUGGAAACGGAAUUAGCGCUGACCAGAAGGGAGACUUGAAAAAGGUUGGGGAUGUUGAAGCUUUGGAGGUUCAAGGCCAAUUCCAGUACCCAAGUGAGGAUGGCAGCAACAUCCAGCUUUCAUACAUAGCUGAUGAAAACGGCUACCAGCCACAAGGCGCUCAUUUGCCCACAUCACCACCAAUCCCGGAAGCUAUUCAACGCGCCUUGGCUUAUCUCGCCACCGCUCCUCCCCAACCCGAAAACGCUCAAUAGAUUUACGGUACAUAAUAGUUAUUAAAUAUUUUUUGUCAUAGCCAAGUUGUUAACAAGAAACUAAAUUAUAUUUUCUAAUUUUUUUAUACCAAAUAAAUGUUACUUAUUAUCCCAA